AUGAGGGGAGGAAGAGGAGGAGGCUCUGGCGGUGGAGACGCACGAAAGUGGGUCAGGGAGGGCACCGAGCGUCACGGCCCUGUGACCUCUGAGCCUCCGAUAUAUCCCCCGAAUCCGGAUAUUGAAAGAGCAGCAGAAUUAGAUGAUGAGUCUGCAGGUGCGGUGUUAGCAUAUCGUUUGCUUACUAACCACUGGCGUACAGCAGAGUGUUGUAUAGCGGAGCGCCGUAGUAAGCUGGAAGGGCGUAAUUAUUCAAUUGCAGAAGAUCUGAAUGCCUUUGAUUGGGAGAGUCAGAAGGAAGCCAUUGUCUCCUAUUGCGGCAGUCAGUUCUUCCCUGCUGAGCUGCUGCAUAGUCGCUUCAUUCGCGUCCCCAGGGGCAUACAGAGGGCUGCUGCAGACAGUAAAAGACAUAAACUCAAAGAAAUGGAACAAAAAGAAGACGAAAAUAAAGCCAAUGAAGAUAAAACACAACAUGCACAAACAGAUGCAAAUGCAGAAGAUGAACUCUUCGGUGCUGAGGACGACGACUUUGGAGGAGAUGACUACGCACAUGAUUACUACGCUGACGAAGAAAUCGAUGAUCAUAUCGAUGAAGGGGAUGAUGGAGGCAUUCUGUAG